AACUCCACAGCGGCAAAUAAGCCCGUUUUAAACACACAGUUUGAAAGGAGCAUGGCAACUUACCAUGCCCUCGUAGUGCUGGCCUCUGCCUGCAUGCUCAUCUUCCUGGGUACCACCACAGAGGCCACAAGCACAACACAUCCCUACGCAUCGUUCAUUCAUCUGGCCAGCGUGGGGGCGUGGUUCGGCAUCUCGUUCUGGGUCACUUUCGUGGCGGGCGUCCUUCUUUUCAAAUACCUGCCCCGUCAUCAAUUCGGAAGCGUGCAAGGGAAAAUUUUCCCCUACUACUUCGCUCUCUCCCUUGUCCUCACCUCCCUGGCGCUGGCAUCCUGGGUGCACCUGGAGGGAGGCCUCGACUUACUCGCCGCCAUCAAGAGCGGCAACGAGGACGGCAAGGUCGUUGCUUGUCUGGGCGGGGCUGCUCUGCUCUCUGCAUUGCAGCUUCUCGUGCUGGGACCAUGCGUGACCAAGGCCAUGGAGGCCCGCAACAAAAAAGAGAAGGAGGAAGGCUUCGCAGACACCACAAGCAAGGUGGGCCGGAGCCCUGAGCUGCUACAGCUGGGGGCGGCGUUCGCGCGCAUGCACGGCCUUUCAUCCACCGCGAAUCUCCUAGUUUUUCUGGGAGCACUUUUUCAGCUCUACGUCUUGUCUGCCAAGCAUGUCACGUUUGCGACGAUGGCGCCAACGGUCGCGAAAGCCACCUUUUGGCCGUGGUCAUAGAGGAGGUUGUCACGAGAAGUCAUGAGAAGGG